GGAGCGAGGCAACGCAGGGCGCGCGGGUGGCGGGACGCUAACCCUUUGGGCCCGACGAGCGGGAAGCUGGGGCAGUGAGGAGGUCAUCAGCUUUGGUGUUUGUGUUGGCCAGUUCUGAAAUCUUGAAGAAACUGCACCAAGGAAAAUCAAAGUAGCAGUCUUUGCCAAUUAGGGAAUGGACCGUUUGAGUUCCUUUAGCAAUGAUCCCUCUGAUAACCCCCCUUGCCGAGGCUGCUCCUCCUACCUCAUGGAGCCUUACAUCAAGUGUGCUGAAUGUGGCCCACCUCCUUUUCUUCUUUGCCUGCAGUGUUUCACUCGAGGAUUUGAAUACAAGAAACAUCAGAGUGAUCAUACUUAUGAAAUAAUGACCUCAGAUUUUCCGGUUCUUGAUCCCAGCUGGACUGCUCAAGAAGAAAUGGCCCUUUUAGAAGCUGUGAUGGACUGUGGCUUUGGAAAUUGGCAGGAUGUAGCCAAUCAAAUGUGUACCAAGACCAAGGAGGAAUGUGAGAAGCACUAUAUGAAGCAUUUCAUCAAUAACCCUCUGUUUGCGUCUACGCUGCUGAACCUGAAACAGGCAGAGGAAGCAAAAACUGCUGACACAGCCAUUCCAUUUCACUCUACAGAUGACCCUCCCCGACCUACCUUUGACUCCUUGCUUUCUCGGGACAUGGCAGGGUACAUGCCAGCUCGAGCAGAUUUCAUUGAGGAGUUUGACAAUUAUGCAGAAUGGGACUUGAGAGACAUUGAUUUUGUUGAAGAUGACUCGGACAUUUUACAUGCUCUGAAGAUGGCUGUGGUAGAUAUCUAUCAUUCCAGGUUAAAGGAGAGACAAAGACGAAAAAAAAUUAUAAGAGAUCAUGGAUUAAUCAACCUUAGAAAGUUUCAAUUAAUGGAACGGCGGUAUCCCAAGGAGGUCCAAGACCUUUAUGAAACAAUGAGACGAUUUGCAAGGAUUGUGGGGCCAGUGGAACAUGACAAGUUCAUUGAAAGCCAUGCAUUGGAAUUUGAACUCCGAAGGGAAAUCAAGAGGCUCCAGGAAUAUAGGACAGCAGGCAUUACCAAUUUUUGUAGUGCCAGAACCUACGAUCACCUCAAGAAGACACGAGAGGAAGAGCGCCUUAAACGUACCAUGCUCUCUGAAGUUCUCCAAUAUAUUCAGGACAGUAGUGCUUGCCAGCAGUGGCUCCGACGGCAAGCUGACAUUGAUUCCGGCCUGAGUCCUUCCAUUCCAGUGGCUUCAAAUUCAGGUAGACGGAGUGCACCUCCCUUGAACCUCACUGGCCUCCCUGGCACGGAGAAGCUGAAUGAAAAAGAAAAGGAGCUCUGUCAGAUGGUGAGGUUGGUCCCUGGAGCCUAUUUAGAAUACAAAUCUGCUCUACUGAACGAAUGUAACAAGCAAGGAGGCUUGAGACUGGCACAGGCAAGAGCACUCAUCAAGAUAGAUGUGAACAAAACCCGGAAAAUCUAUGAUUUCCUCAUCCGAGAAGGAUACAUCACUAAAGCCUGAGGCUCUAAGGGAUUGGAAUCAGAAGUCAGAAGUUUGGAAUGUGGUGAACCAAAGGACAGUAUGGGCAUUCUGGAGAGUUUUCUUUUUGAGCUGAAUUCUCAUUGUACAAAGAGCGGAAGGACAAAGGAAACCUUAAGCUGUAUUAAUGUCUACUUUCUUCUCCACCCUGUUUUAAAACACUCCUGUUGUUGGUAUUGUGCUGCAGAGUUGUGUGCUAGAUAAGCUAUUAAUAAAUGUGAGUGGGCAUUCAUUCCUAACACCUCUUGUAACUAAAACAAGAACCAUAGUACCUCACAUCACAAUGUUGGUAGGAAUAGAACUAAACCACCGUCUGUAGUCCCAGGAGUCCAGCUCAGAUCCUUGUACUUGAGAGGUAAGUUUGCUGAUUAUCUAUUUUGCCUUCAAACACUGCAGACAGAUUUAAAAUAAAGAGAAAGGUUUUAGAGCAUGAGAAAGCUUUCUCUUUCCUUCUAAGGAUUUUUUAAGAUGACAACUUAUGUUUAUGAGCAGAGGGGAGGAAAAUAUCCCCAUGAUGGUCUUGUCUCAAAAUGCAUCUUUAACUGUAAUGUCUGGUUUUAUACUUUGCAGUCUGGCUGUCUAAUCUGCAGUAGACUUUUGAGGAGGUGGCACUAGAUAUAAAUUGUCUCUGUUAUUUUUAGAAUUAAUGGCUUAAAAUGUUUUGCUGUUUAAUUUGUGGGUGUGUCAAAUAUUCUGGUAACUAAAGCACACUUAGGGUGUUGGAUGCCCGCCCCAUCACACUGCACCGUCUCUGCUAACAUGUGUGUCCUAGAUUCACCCUGUUGUUACCCUGGAUUUCCCAGGAUACCAAGCCCCUGAGGAUAGAGAUGAUGCAACUAACCUCAGCUUUGCUUGGACUGAGACCUGAACCCUAAUUUCUCAAUGGUGAAAGGUUGGCUUGCAAUAAAAGAGGCUUUUAAAACAGAAGUAAAGCAGCUUCAUAAAUGGGACUCACUAGAUAUGAGGGUGAGUAACCCUACCACAUCUGAAACUUGGUCCUCAAACCUUUCUGCAGAAUGAGAAGCCAAACUCAUAGUCAUGGUUAUCUCACUUCUAUUAGAAGCAAAAUUGUGUAUAGAAAUAACCUCUUUGGAAUCUGCAUAAAUUGCAUCCAAUAGCUGAUUGAUUCUUUAAUUCCUUCAACAUUCAAAUAUGUAAUUAGAGUACCAUGUGCUUUGUUGGAAGCAUCUGCUCAAACUCUUGACUGAUGUAAAUAUGCAUGUACUUACAAACAGACUUCAUCUAGGGGAUGAGAAAUGACAAGGAUACUCUUAGGAUGUGAGGGAAUUCAAAUAGAGGACUUCAAUACUUUGAAAAGGAUGGCUUGUGGAAAUAGUCUCUUUUCUUCACAUAGUCACUGGUUGGUUUUUUGUUGUUGUUGUUGUUGUUUUGUUUUUUGGCGGCUGGCCUGUAUGGGGAUUCAAACCUUUGACCUUGGUGUUAUAACACAGCGCUCUAACCAACUGAGCUAACCGGCCAGCCUCAUAUCUCUUAGAAAAAGUAUCCCACUACCACUGUCACCCCUAGUUGGUUAUGUAAGUAUUGUCUCUUAUCCCAGAAAGGUAAUUUCUGUUCUGGAAAUUUGGGAUGCAUUAGACAUCAGUGUCAGGUAAUGUCUGUUGUAGUCUGAAGAGUCCUUGAUUCUUUAUUUAUUUAUUCAUUUAUUUAUUUAUUUUCAUUGAUACAUUGUAAUUGUACAUGCUAUGGGACACAAUCUGAUGUUUUGAUUCAUAUAUAUGUUGUAUAAUGAUCAGGUCAGGGUAGUUAAUGUAACUAUCACCUCAUGCACUUAUCAUUUCUUUAUGGUGAAAACAUUCAAAAUCCUCUCCUCUAGCUAUUUUGUAACAUACAAAACUUAACUGUUAACCAUAGUCAUCCUAUUGUGCAAUAGAACACCAGAACUUAUUCCUCCUAUCAAAUUGAGUUUUGUACCUGUUGGCCAAUCUCUCCCUGUUUUCCUUUCCCCCAUCCCCUCCCCAGA